AUGACUGAAAUUGACCAGUCUAUUCUGGAUGAUGUUGACAUGUACCAUGACGAAAAUGAUACUAGUAAUGAAGAUGAAUCUGUUAGCAAUUCAGAAUAUACUAUGGAGUCUAUGGAGCUUGAUAAUACUAUUUCAUAUAAGUGCGCAUGUAAUUUUGAGGACAGUGAGGGUGAAGCUCACAUUUACAACAGCAGUCGAAUCAGUACAAAUACUUUUACCAAGGCCGAGUUGAUGAGUAUUCAUCUGUCUCAAUUGAUGCUACAGCAUAGAAUUGCUAGAGCAGCAUAUAGAGACAUUGUUCAAUUUAUAAACACUGUCAUCCGAGGCCAUGACAAUAUAAUGAUGGAACCUGGGGCUAAGAUCAGUCAUGGCGAAACUGUUGAUGCUUUGCUCAAGUCAAAGUCAAGUGUCAAGGGCCAUGACAAACCGCGAUACAAGACUGAUUCCAAUCAAAGUCAGACACCAGCAGCCAGUAUGAAACUUAUGUUAGUUGGGGAUAUGCUUUCUCAAAUGUUGGCAAAUCCAGCCACAAGAGAACUCCUCUGUUACAGAGCAAACCGGAAAUCUGUAGCUGGUCAGCUAACCAACAUUUUUGAUGGUGACAAUUACAAGCAGUUGGUGCAGCAGGGCCUGUUCUCCAAUCCCGAUGAUAUUGCCAUUGGGCUUUAUACUGAUGGGUUUGUCAAUCAAAAGAAAGGCAAAAACUCAUAUACCAUCAUCCAUUGCAUAAUAUUCAACCUAGACCCAUCCAUCAGAUAA